AUGUCCCUCCCCAAUGGGCUCAUCUCGUUCGGCCCCGGUGCAAACUGCACCCUCGAGAUCUGUCCCGUCGAAUGGAGCAUUCUCCAGUACCGACCGUCUGUCCCCUCCAGUGCCGUCUUUAUCGCGAUUUUUGGCCUUUCGCUGCUGUUGAAUGUCGGUCAGGGGAUCUAUUACCACACAUGGGGGUACAUGUCGAGUUUGGUUGCCGGAUGCAUACUCGAGAUUGCGGGAUAUGUCGGUCGGCUGAUUCUAUACAAUAAUCCAUUUGAUUUCUCUGGCUUUCUUCUGCAGAUUGUGUGCAUCACAGUCGCCCCUGUCUUCUUCUGCGCUGCCAUCUACGUCCUCCUCUCGCAAACAAUAACACACAUAAACCCGCACAUCUCGCGCUUCAAGCCCAAACUCCUCUACUGGAUCUUUAUCCCCUGCGACAUCGUCUCCCUAGUCCUCCAAGCCGUCGGCGGCGCGCUCUCCUGCAUCGCAUCCACCGAAGACGGUGUGCAGCUCGGCGUCGACAUCUCGCUCGCGGGCCUGGUCUUCCAGGUCUUCACGCUGACAACCUUCACCGUGACGUUUCUAGACUACCUAAACUCGUGCCGCCGACAUAGGAUGCAGCUUGACCGCCGCAUGAAGGUCUUCCUGUACCUGCUCUUCCUCUCGAUUUUUCUGAUCUUGCUUCGCUGUGUGUAUCGCGUUGUCGAGUUGCAUGAGGGGUAUUUUAGUCAUUUCUUUAGGGAUGAGGUCCUUUUUAUUGCGCUUGAGUCGGCGAUCAUGGGCGCCGCGGCGAUUACGAUGAACCUUGGGCACCCCGGCCUCGUGUUUGGAAAGAAGUACAAGAAAGGUGACAUCAGCGAAAUGGACUUGCAAUUCGCGUUGCUAAACGUCGACGCAGAUACUGGACGGCCGAGGACGUAAAAUUGGGAUGGAGAGGAGAUCUGGUUCUAUUUUGUUUUGCUUGGGGGCAAAGGACAGCGACAUAAUGAGGCCUGCCAAGUCGGAUUGGCACUGUUCGGCUUAGCGGGAUACCUUAGUUUUGUUUUACUCGGUGGUUUCAUAAAACACUUCAUAUGUAUCUAAUGUCUAAUGGAUCGG